CUAUUGGCUGCCAGUGUGUACGCGUAUUCGGCGAGAACGUACCAUUGCAAAACUAAACUUUCUGCAUAAAACCUAAAAAAAAAACAUUAAACAAAUGAAAAAAAAUAAAACUAAGUCACUUAUCGAAGAGCUGAAGUAAAUAACGUGUGCAUGCAUUGCGUUUAAAGCCUGGAGUUUGUGUGUUGUGUGUGUGUGUAAAAAGGCAAAAAGACCUAAGGCAAAAGAGGGACGAAGACGAAGAGAAAAUGUCACGCAAAGCAGCAGCCACAGAAAAAGAGUAAAGAAAUUUCAUUUGGGAGAAGGAUAAGCGUAUUAAUACUUAACAAUAACAAUAUUCAAAGACUACUGUGCAAAAGGGCGCAAUUUCAAAUGGCAAUGCGCGCUUCUUAAAUGAAAUUGCAUUGAAAAAGGAAUCGAAAUAGAAAAUAACGAGUUGUUGUUGUUGUUGAGUAGUUGUUACUCGACUGGCAGACACCUGCGAACACAAGGAGGAGCGAUGAAAACAACUGAACUGGUCCUGGGGAGGCGCCUAACUACUGCUCUCGUACAGUUUUCGCUCCUUGAUUUGAAUGUCGUCGUCGCUGGUAAUUGAAUUGAAACUCGGCUGUGCUACUGGAACUGGAACUAAUACUGGGACUGCAACAUCGACUUGCACUCCUUACUGGCAACAUGCAAAGCUUGGACUCCUCAUGCCAAGAAGCAGAUUUUAUAAUAAAUGACACGCUUAAGAAGCUAAAAGGCGAUAAUCCAGUGAAUGCCAGCUCACAGGGCUUACCGCAUGCCGUUGGCUCUGCUGUUCAGCAGCAAUUUGUUUACGAAGCGUCGCAAGGCUCCCAAGGGUCACCACAGCCACAGAAUCAGCCGCAGUCAUACCACCAGCUGCACACGGUGUUGCAGUCCACAUGCUCAUCCACGCUUGCCAUCACCAAUAGCCAGCAACAGCAGCAACCACAACAAGUAUCAGCUGCUCCGGUCCCCGUCAGCGUACGAUCUUUAUUACAGGCGAUACCUCAAAUACCUGCGCAACCGCCAAUCUGCAUAUUCGAUGACGACGAAUCGCCUACUGAGGUGCCUGCUAGUGGCAACAUUGUCAUACUCUCGGAGCAGCCAUCCGCUUCAUCUGCAACAUCAGCCGGGCUGCCUUGUUCUGGGAUUGCUAUAGCGCCGUCCCCUUCAUCAUGCUCCUCAUCAACAACGACGCUCUCGAAUUUGAACUCGAUCACAUCGCCUUCACCAGUCGUUCCUGACCUGCUACUGUCCACGCCACCGGGUGUCAAUUCCAGUUUAAAUAGCAAUAACACCACCGCCACAUCGUCACAUAUUUUUCAGCACCUACAGCAGCAGCCGCAGCCGCAGCCGCACCAACAGCAACAGCAAUCUUACAGCAACACCAAGAAGGUUGAUAGACGGCUCCCCCAAAGCAUCUCAAAUGCUUCGUCCGGCAUUACAAGCAGUCACAAUCAACAGCAUCAUCAUCACAUGCAAAUCCAUCAGUCUCACAACCACCAAAAUGUACUGUCGUCUCCCACAUCAUCGCCUAGCAAGCGGUCUAAAGGAGGCAGUAGCAACAACAACAAUAGCAAGGAGUGUAGUUACUCUAGUCGCAGCACAGCUCCAACGUCUGUAUCACCUCGUGCUGGCGCCGGACCUGGCUCCAAUACCUAUACUAACAACAAUGCCAGUAGCACCUUAUCCAACUCAGUGAACAACAAACGAGAAUCGACCACGAAGUUUUUUAAUAUCCACGACAAAAUCAAGGAGCUAUAUCUGCAGCUGCUAAGUAACGAUUUAAAUCAUUUCGCGGAAACUGGGCUGAAGCAGAGGAGCCGUUCCUUCAUUCUAGAUAGACUUGUUGAGUGCGAGCAAUUAAACACCAUUGUUGUCAACUUGUACCCAGGUAACAAGGGCUACUCCCUGGCACUCCACUACGAUGAGCAAACAAUGCUUAACCCACUUACAAACGAGUGGACCGUCACGGAUCCCGCUCACAUCCAUGGAAACCACACCAUCGAGAACUCGACUAGCAUCACUAGUCGCAACAAAGCUCAUGCCGAUAGCGACGCUAGCAAUAAUCUUUUCAGGAUGAAGUCCAGACUGAACGAAAGCGAUGCAUCGGCUGGAGACACAGCAUCAAUGCCUGUAUCAUCUGGCUAUGGCUUGGUUGAAGUACUGCGUUGGCCCUAUGAAAACGAUUUGCUCCUUCAGUGCAUCGAUCGCGAACUCCUGCCCGAAUUCCUCAUGGAUCUGCUGAGUGCCGAAACAGUCACUCUGAACUCCCCACAAGAUGGAAGCGACGGGUCGCGGGUGUAUGCCAAGCCCAGCGUCUUCUAUGCUGGCUGUGUAAUUGCGCAAAUACGCGAUUUUCGCCAGACAUUUGCCACCUCAACAAAUAUCUGUGAUAUGAAGCACAUCCUACUGCGGCCCAGCAAUGCGACCCUGUUCGCGGACGUGCAGCAACUGGGAAGUUCGUUGGGCUGGGCCGGCUCAACGCCAGAGGACCGGCUAACGAUCGAAAGCCAACUGGUGCUGGCCACGGCGGAGCCACUGUGUCUGGAGCCAGACCCAAGUAUAGGUCGUCAAUCUAUCAAUGCACAGCACGAGCGUCAACGCUUCAACUCGCACGAAAUGCGCCGCCAAAUGAAAAAGUUUACGCAGGUGGCCAUUAAUCGCAAACGCAAGCUAGAUCAGUUCACGCAUCACCAAGGCCUCGAGCUUUGCGACUAUCUAACACGGCUGCGUCAGCGUCCGCGUACCUCAAGCAACAGCACAGCGAAUGCAACCCCCGCGACAGCGCCCAGCAACAACCCAUUGGUGGGUGCCAUGCUCUCUUCAUUCACUUCAAAGGUGCCACGGCGACCGCACGAUGUCAUCAGACCAAUAAGACCACCCACCCUAGACUACCCGGUCAAGCUGAAGGUUCCCGAACACGUAAUAAGUGUGGAGAAGUACGCGAAGACUUUCGAGCCACUGAACGAGUUCAGCGAUGCCUGCAAGGAAGGCUGCAAGGCGAGUUGCCGACACAACUUUCAGCCGCAGCUCAUCGAGGAAUAUGUGCUGGAGACGGAACGCGAGGCGAACGAGGGCCGGCGAGCUUUGUAUCACAUAAAGCUCUCUAUUUUCCAGCGACCCUCCGAUGCCGAAUAUCUGGGCGAACUGUACGUCGACCGCGACUAUCGCGAGGGCGAGCGUAAUGGAGAAUCGUGUCGAUUCGCACUUGGCACCCGUGUCCAUGCGAAUCGGUAUAUUCAGCAAUUCCGGGAGAUAUUUACUGAAGAGGGACGCAAGGCUGUUAAGAUCACGCACCUUAUACCCGGACAUGUGCCAAUUGUUACCCACACUGGACUCACAAAUGAACAACGAUUGUUGCUGCAGCAGCAACAGCAGCAGCAACAACAGCAACAGCAGCAGCAACACCAGCAACAACAACCGCAACAACAACAACAGCAGCAACAACGACAGUUUAGUCAGCAGCCACAACAGCUACCCGCUACAGUGCAUCAUGUCGCGCAAACACAUCCAAAUGUGACUCUGUCCCGGCAACCCGCAAUCGUUACUAAGGUGGCGGGUCUGCAACAAACGUUUCGCCAGCAACAACAAGCGGUUGCCACUACACAAUUUAAUACAGAUGGCACACUGCAAGUCCAUCAGCAGCAGCCUCAACUCGGUAGUGGCAACAACAGCAUUUUACAGCAGCCAACGCAACAGCAGCAGCAGCAGCAGCAACAACAUCCGCAUAUACAACUCCUUACAACCAGCAAUACAUCCGCUAGUACUACACAUCAAGUGAGUCUGGGCAACGGAUCACUGGUGCUGCUGCAACAACAGCCGCAACAGCAGCAGCACCAGCAGCAGCAGUUAAAUACAACAAUGCAACACUCAGGCAUUACUAUACAUCCAGCUAAUAUACAGCAACAAAAGGCGACAGCAACCCAGCUGAACACGGCAAUAGGUGCCAAUUCCGCAUUGCGCGCCCAGCUUAACUCCAACGUGCCAAUCCUCCAGCAACAGCAACAACAACAACAACAGCAGCAACAGCAACAACAACAACAACAACAAAUAACUGCCACAAACAACAAUGUAAUCAACAACAAUCCUGCGAUAAAUGCCAUAGUCACCAGCAUCAUGAACUCUGCUAACCAAUACCAACAACAACAACAGCAGCACCAUCAACAACAAGAACAACAGCAGCACUCGAGCGGCACGCCCACUUCCAACGCCAACUCGACGCCCAUCAUCAACAUUAGCAGCAACAGCAGCGGCAGUCCAGCAACAACUUUAAAGAACUCGGGCAAUGCCUCUAUACUAAACUUGCUGAAUAGCGCUCCAGCGGCCAUGACGAGCACGCCAGUCGCUAGUGGCACGUUCACUACGUCGUCGACAGGUCAGCAGCAAACGUUGACGUUGGUGCAGCAUCAGCAGCAACAACAGCAGCAACAGCAAUCUGUUCCCGCCAAUGUGGAUGCGACAACAGCAACCUAUGUGCAGACGACGCGCGGAACGCCGACACUGGUAAAUGCCCAACGCAAGCAGCCAUCGAGUGAGGUUUUGCAGAGUCUUCUGAAUUCGAACCGUAAAAUUAAUAUAGUUGGCGCAAGUAGUGGAACAACGUUUCGAGCUAACUCAGCUGGUAAUCUUAUAGCCGUCAAUCUUAACCAAGCUCAAGGUCAAGGUGCGCAACAGGCUACUGAUGGCAGUCAGUCGGUGCGCGUGUCCAUGUCUGCGCUUGCCUCGCAACUGGCAUCGCCUCCGGCAGUGAUGACGAACCCUCCAACUGGGUAUGGCGCUUACACUGUCAGCACAGGCGGCGUUUGUGGUAGCCUCAAAAUACUCAAUACUGGCCAACAGCAGCAGCAGCGCCUUCUGAGCUCGUUGCGAAGGGAUAGCACCACUGCGCCACCAAACGCUAUUGUGGUGGGCAUGGCAGCACCCUCACCUGGUAGCGACUCCAAUGCCUCAAAUGCGAGUGGCUUUGCUGUGCCCACGAACUUAUCGUCUGCAUCAAGCGGAGGCAGCGGGGCUCUGAAUGCAUUACUCACAAAUGCAGCCACGCCCUCGCCGUCGGGCUCGGAUCAUUCGCAGUCGUCGCAAACGCACCCGAAUCAGGUCUUGCUUGAAAGACUCAGCAACGUGACAACAAAUGUGUCAGCCGUGUCUGCAGUGGCCAUGCCCCACAUGUCGCCACAGCAACCAUCACCGGCACAGUCGAACCAACAACAGCAGCAAUUCAUCACCAAGACACUUGUGCACUCGCCCGCCACAUCAUCCAUACACUCGCCAAUGUCGAGUCCGCAUCCCCAGCCGUCGGCGUCUCCCCAGCAGCAACAGCAGACGACGGCGACGUUGAAUCUGCAGGGCAUCAAUUUGUCCCAGCUGCAGGGUGCUAUGGCGAACUUUGCAGGUCUUCAAAAUGUACAGGUCCAGAUUCCAGGCUUUACACAGCCCAUUUCACUGCAGUUUUCCGGCAACAGUCUGCAAACACCAGUGCAGGUGCAACAGCAAUCUUCACAACAGCAAAGCACGACAUGUGGAGGCACUGCCAGCGGAUCAUUGGCGCCAUCUCAGACUCAACAGCGCAGUGUGCUGGUCUCGGUGCCUGUGUCGACGCAGCAGCAACUGCCUCACUCCAUUACGCUGCAGACGACGCAAUCUUCGCCUCAGCCGCAGCAGCAUGCCCCGCCCACAGGAACAAUCGUCAGCCUACCCUCGUCGGUGGGUGGCACCCAAACGGUAGUCAUCACAAACAAUUCAGCAAGCAGUGGAGGAGCGAGUGGAGGCGGCAACGGAGGUGGAACAGGAGCUACGACAGCUAUGCUCACGCUUCCUAUAGCUCAACUAGUCGGUGCCGGAGUACAGAAACUAAAUCCUCAAACAAUACGUACCUCAAGUGGUGGUGGUGUAGGUGUUGUAUCGACAGCAGCAGCCGGAGCUAUACAACCGAGAGCUCGCAACGUCCAGGUCGUGGGGACCAAGCAGCUAGCUAGCAGUCGACAGCUGCUCACCGCACAGCGUCAGAUUGGUAGCUCGACGCUAAAGAUUUCAACAACGGGUGUCAACAACAACGCCAUUACGAAUAGCACGAACAUAGGUGCCGGGCCGAUUGUGAUGUCUGCGCAGAAAAUGCAAUUGAAGGCUGUGAAAACGCCGACGCAGCAAGCACAUCAGCAGCAGCAUCGAAUACUCAACCAGAGCACCGUCACCGCAACUUCCCAGACUCUGCCAAGUCCCAGUCAAGUGCAACAUCAACAGGUACAGCACAUUCAAAUUCCUGGUCGGUCGGCGCCCACAAACGCUAGCGUAAUGAGUCAGCGCACCCUUACAGCUCUGGCAGCGGCCAAGCAGCAGCAACAGGCAGCUGUCAAUCGACGGCGGUCCACAACCGAUGCCACCAAGUAGACGUCAAACUUGGUACUGGAGACAGAAAUUGAUGCAGGCGUACCAUUUAUUUCUAUUUUGAAUUCAAGAGAGGAGAGUAGGAAUAAGGCUACGCGCUAUAUAUUUGCAUGAUAUUAUAGUAUAUCUUCAAAUCUGGAAUACCAGUACAUUGUAUGGAUUGUAUACCCAUAUAUCGGUAUACACACUUGUGUGUAA